AUGUCUCAAAUGGCAGAAGGUGAAGGAGAUGAUUACUUUGAUCCUAUGGCAAUGGACGAAUACGAAGAUGGUCAGUUAGAUGGAACAGCUGGACCUUCAUAUCAUCCGUCAAAUUAUAUGAGAGAAGGUAGUAGUCACCAUGGUCAUCAUGGAGGUUUCGAUGAAGGUUUCUUCCCAAGUCCUACACAUCCACAACACCAUAAAGGUAGCACUCAUCAUCGACAAAAUCAACAGGGUGAUAAAACGGUGGAUUCGGAUUUUUUUAAUGAUUUUCAUGAUGAUUUCGAUGACGAAGAUUUGAAAUAA